AUGCACCUCCGCCGACUUCCAGUGCAGCGCGCCACUGGCGAUUCAUCGUUCGACUGUCCGCAAGUUAACACGGUGGGACAGCCGGUCUUUUCGAGCACGAACACAGGAAGCAACGGCGUCGCUGUCGCGACGUGCACCUAUGGCGCCUCGAGCGGGGAGGGCGUCCGCGGGACGUGUGUCUACUUCAAUGGCGUCUUCUCGUCGGGGCCAGAUACGUGUCCGUUCGCUCCACAGUCAACGUCGACCGAGCCACCGCCGACUGCGAGCACUACCAGCCUCCCAGAUGCUCCAAGUACGCCGUUCACCCUCCCGCCAGCUUCCCCUUCGCACUCGACCACACUGGCAUUCUCACCAUCAUCCACGCCGACCAACGCGAUCGCCAGCAUACACAGCCUGACCUCGCCUUCCACAAUUAGCUCCGCCUCAUCUUCUUCACACGCGACCCUCGCCAUCUCCCCAUCAUCUUCUGCUGUUGGAAGCAGCCCGCUUCCACCGGGCACCAUCGCCGGCAUCACCGUCGGCGCACUAGCGCUCGCUGCGCUCUCCGCGCUUCUCGGAUUCUGUCUCCUUCGUUGGCGACGACGACGACAUACGACGAAGAUAUCGCUUGACAGCGCCGUGGGAUCCGUUGUGCCUUAUGUCCUCGAGGCAGUGAUGUCUCCGCGGUCCCAGGCUUCUUUUCUGCUCUCGCCGACCGACACGACCAACGCAACGCCCCCGCCAACCAUCGUGAACCGUGAUGGCAAGGGAAUCGGCGAUACCAUGGUUGCAGCGGCAGCAUUAUCGCCAGUACCAGCGCAGGACGGUCACGGUGCGGAGAACGCAGCGCUGCGGGAGCGCGUCCGCGAGUUGGAGCUCGAGCUGGAUUAUUCCCGCCUGCAGGAGGCGGAGGCGGAGCCGCCGGCGUACACUCCCCACUCCUCUUGA